GACGGUCGCCGAGUCGGUGGGUGAGAACGUGACUGUCGUCAAAGAGGGUUUUUUCGCCACCGGCCUUCGCACACCAAGCGGCGAGUACAUUCGCAUGGAGGCCGUGUCACCCGCCGCCGCCGCCUGCGUCGACCCCGCGAACCGACUUCGCUGCAUGCAGCACGAAGCACAGAUGCGCUUUGCACAGUCGUUCGAGGCCGAUACGGCGUACUUUAACGCGCUCCUCAAGGUCCACGCGCGUAGCCUCAUGGACCGAUGA